AUGGCCUUCACGUUUGGGUUUCACGAGAGCGACGGGGCGGACGCCGGUGACGCCGAGCCCGAGCAGGGUAUUCCUCUGCAGGCAGCAAAGCAAAUCAAUGCGGCACAGCUUCGCGAGCUCCUUCCUGAAAAGCUGUCGUUCUCGCCGAUCGAGGUGCCGUUCGGCUCGUCGUUCCUAAGGCUUGCGCGCCGCGAUCUGUUUGACGUGCGCUUCCAGCUGCUGAACGACGAAGAGAGUGCGCAAGGUGUUGCAGAUACGCAUACCGACCUCAUCCCCGGCGUGUACGAAGGCGGGCUCAAGACAUGGGAGUGCUCGCUCGACUUGGUCGCCACGCUCGCCGAGCGCCUCCCGUCGUACCAUGCCGAGGAUGCUAGCUGGCCCUCGGGCCGGCACAUUGUCGAGCUCGGCUGUGGGACGGCAGUGCCAACGUGUUUCCUGUUCCGCACGCUCUUUUCUACGCAGCCCUCGGACCGCCCGACGGUGCUGGAUCUGUGCGACUAUAACGAGGAGGUGCUUUCUCUGGUCGUCUAUCCCAAUCUUCUCCUGAACUGGUUCUUCUCUGCGGGCGGCCCCGGUCACGGCCGGUCGGUCGAGGCGGGCGACUUGGAGAUCGACCACGACCUCUUGACGCAGUUUGAGCAAGAGCUGCAAGCGCGCCAAAUUCAACUGCGCUUCUUCUCCGGCGCAUGGGACUCGCUUGACCUCUCGCUCCCCGGCCAGUCUCGCGCCGAGAUUGUGCUGAGCAGUGAGACGGUCUACGCGAUCCCCAGUCUCUCCCCCUUGUGCCGUGUGUUGCAAGACAUUUGCUGGCCGACCUCCUCCAAUACCUCUAAUGCCAGCGUCGCCGCAAAGACCACGCUGUGUCUCAUCGCUGCCAAGGUGCUCUAUUUUGGAGUCGGCGGCGGCGUGCGUGCUUUUUGCGAUGCGGUCGCAGCCAGGCACGGGUGGACGGCGGCCGUGCGAGAGAACAGGUCGGGCGUAGGCCGUGUGGUGUUGAGCACCGGUUUUCCGUAG